GUACAAAUCCCCACGGGACCAGGUGCAUUUCAGUACGUUUCCGGGCUCAGGGCGGGCGAGGAGCCCCGCCGCAGAGCUGAGGGGCGGGGGCGGGCCCGGGCCAAGAUGGCGGCGGCGGGCGGUCGGUACUUCUGCACGGCGGGCCGCGGACUGGAGCCUUUUCUUGCGCGGGAGGUGCGGGCGCGGCUGGGCGCCACGGAGGUGAGAGGGGAGCCGGAGCGAUCCGGUCCGGAUCGGCGGGGAACCUCGUUCGCUUCACGCCCCAGAGACGGGCGGCCGCGGCGUGAAGGGAUCCCUGAGCACCGCCUGUGCCGCGGGCAGGGACGGGUGCCAGCCUCGGGCAGGGCCUCUCCCCUCACCGUUCCCUUUCUCCCUGCGCCGAGCGGGGGUGAGGGAGCGCCGAAGGUGCUCACCCAAAACACCUUCCCGGUUUGGUUUAGUUUCUGUUUGUCCCCUGAGGUGGACUGCGUCUCAGGAAAGGUCUUCUUCAGCACAGAGGCGGAGCCCGGCGAGCUGAGGAAACUCAAGUCUGGAGAGCGAUUGUUUCUGCAGCUUAAGAAACACCCCCCACUUGUAGUUUCUAGAAAUAAAGGGAAAAUGCUGCAUGAGAUUAAAAGCCUUGUCAUUGAGGAACCAAAUUAUUGGCUGUAUGUUAUCUCUAUUUGGAGGAACCUUCAUAGGUGUGAGGGGAAAAAAGAUAUGUCUCAAGAAAACUGUUUGCCUCUUAAGAGAAAAUCAGAAGAAGAGACAAAUACUGCAACUAAAAUGCAGAAAACAGAACAAGUGAGAGAGACUGUGUCUGAGGAAUGUCAAGCAGAAGCUGGAGAGAGAUGUGUGGUACCAGAGAGAAAGAGCAAUCAGGACUGCCGGACUGAAAGUGAGACUUCCUUAGAAGACCCUUCCAAAAGCAGUGGAGAGAAGCCUAUUGCAAAUGAGAAGCUGAGUUUCAGUUUCAGAGUUUCUUGUCGUUGUAGUGGAGCAAUUGCCAAGAUACUUCCUUCACAGGAGAUUGGAAGAGCUGUUGGCAUAGCGCUCAUGAAGCAGUUUGGGUGGCGGGCUGAUCUGCGGGACCCCGAUCUAGAGAUCUUCAUACAUCUUAAUGACAUUCAUUUUGUCGUGGGGAUUCCUCUUUUCAGGCUUCCACUGGCAAAUAGAGAGUAUAUCAAAACAGCAGGACUGCGAUCAACAAUUGCAUGGGCCAUGGCAUCUCUGGCUGAAAUCAGUGCAGGUGCCUUUGUGCUGGAUCCCAUGUGUGGGCUAGGAACAAUACUGCUGGAAGCUGCCAAGGAGUGGCCCGAAGCCUGUUACUGGGGUGCUGAUAUAAGUGAAUCGCAGUUAGAGGGUGCAGAUGUGAAUAUUAGGACUGCAGGCUUGAUGGAUAAGAUCGAGUUACUUAAAGCUUCUGUGAAAGCAUUGCCCUUGCCUUCAGAAGGUUUCGACGCUGUGAUUUCGGACAUUCCAUUUGGGAAGAAGUUCAAGAUCACAAAAGACAUACAGCUCCUACCAGAUAUUCUCCAGGAAAUGGAGAGAGUACUUCGUGUUGGAGGGACUGUUGUAUUGCUGCUGAGCCAAGAUCUCCAUAAGCGCAUGGAUGGAGUUACCAAGUGUGCUGAAAAUGACUCUCCUAAUGCCCCUUCUGAUGGUGCAAGUGAAACCACCACUGCAAAAUCCCUGAAUAUUGAUGGGGAUUCUUCUUGCUUGGUGAAUGGUGUCAAAGAAUCCUUUCUCAGCAGCCAACAGAUACGUUUUGGGUCUCUGGUGCCAGAUGGCAUCUAUGGGGUUAGUCUUGGAAAGACGGAUGCUUUCAUAUACAAAUACAGGAAGAUCUCUGCUGCUGGGAAUUAGCAGCUUUCUUGCACUGUGCCAAAGUGAACUUGAAUCCUGAAACACUUGAAAAGCAGCAUGGCAGUGAUCCGGUGGAACCCUGCUGAUCCAAACAAACCCUGUGCCAUUUCUUAGCUCACCUCAAUUUAUUGGGAUGUCCUAAGGCGUUACUUUUCUCUGUUUGGUUUUUAGGAGAGGUGAAAGAUGUCUACUGGUGUUUCAGAUGAUUUUACUGUAAAACAUUGUAAUGAGAGUCCUCAAGUUGUUGUUUAGGCAAAGCCUCUCGGUAUCAGGAGGAGUUUCUUUGGGAGAGAAAGACUUAAUUUGCAGAACUGCAAAAACAAAUAUGGUAAUAUUAAAUGGAAAUGAAUUUUCACCUUCAGCAAUAUUUUUUUAAGAAGCACAUCUUGUCUGAAGAAGUCUCCAGCUCUUUUUGAGGGCUGGAUGUAUGCUUUACCAUAUGUCUUGCAGUCUUUUAUUUUAAAGCUUAUUUCUGCUGAGUUUGAAAUGUCACUAUUGAGAUCUCUUGGAGUGGAAAAUAAAUUUUCUGUAUUAAUUCUUUGCAGCGUUUGCAUGUGUCUGAUAGGUAUGCUUUAGGUUUUUAGGGUGAAGAGACUUACUUCUAUGAAAAAAUAAUGCUUUUCCUCACUUGGUAAUGUUACUCCAAGAACACAAUGUGGAAGAUGGAAACACUUGCCAAGUGGAUGAACAUUAGAAGUGACUUCUGCCUGCAAAGAAGCCUAUGGAAGAAUUCUCCUGGUAUGAGAGCUCUAUGAAAAAGGUAUUUGAUGAGAAUAGUCUAAUUCAAAGCUUCCCCAUGGCUGCUGAGCUGACAGGGAAGUACUUUUAUAGCGAAUGACUGCAGAUUGCUUUCAGAUGCUGUUUUGGACAAACGUUUGCAACUUGGCAAGCUGGGAUGGACUUCUGCAUUGUGUUCCUCUGCUGUGAUUAGUAUGGAGAUAACAAUUAGUAGUGUGUCUGGGUUUGUUUAGGCUUUUUUUGCCUUUAUUUUUUUUAAGUUUGUUGUGUGUAGCCUGUUGGAAGCAUUAUUUUAUCUGUGUGCUUUCCACAGCAGAGCUUCUAAUCUGGAGGUCUUAAAAUUUUAAGUAAGAGCCUGUGGCACAGACUGAACUAUGGAGACUCGAAGGGAAUGAGGGUAUGGGUCAGAUUGGUACAAUCCUGCUGCUAUGAGCCCUUCUGUUUAGCUGGUACCUGGAAACAUGCUAGUGCACCACAAGUAGGGAUUUUUGGUUUAAAAGAAUAUUUUUCUAAUCAUCUGCCCUCCCACCCAAGUUCAGCUUUCAAAAAGGCCUUGGAGAAGACGAUAAUGAAUGUACCACAAGAAAGGAAAUGGGCGACUUGUUCAUGCUGUUAGCUCUCUAUCAGACAUACCCAAUCAACAAUAAUGUGUCUCCUGUCUAGCACCAGUGCAAGUUUGUUGUAGGAGAUGAAGCUUCAUCUGGGUUGCUUAGUUCUUAAUAUAUCCCAGGGACAUAAACCCUGGACGUAACACUGUUUUCAGUGAGGGUCUGAAAGGGAGAUGAUGUUUGGGUUUUUAAGUUGUUUUUGUUUUUUUCUUUUUAGUGAAGCUAUAUUGCCAUGAUAGAUAGCUAAAACAUUAAAAUCUCUUCCCUUGUCCAGAGAUGUCUCCUCUGAAGACUGCUAAAGUUAAUAGUGAAAUUGAGUUACUACUUUGUAAGAUGGUUGAUGUAUCUUUAACAAAACACAGACAAUCUGCUAAUAGUGGGGCUUUUGGGAGUUGAGUAUUCUUCAGUGUUACAUGUCACAUUUUCAUCUGCAUGGUUUUGUUGUGUCUCAAUAAACUUGUCAAGUAAUAUAUCUUCA